AUGCACUCUUCAAUCCUCUUUCUCGGAGCCUUGGCCUCAGCUGCCUUUGCUACCCCCAUCGUGGCCCCCCGCGCCAGCUGCACUUUCACUGAUGCCGCUACUGCCAUCAAGAACAAGGCCAGCUGCUCUACCAUCAUCCUCAACAACAUUGCCGUGCCCGCCGGUACUACUCUGGACUUGACCAAGCUUGCCACUGGCACUCAUGUCAUCUUCCAGGGAAAGACUACCUUCGGCUACAAGGAGUGGGAAGGUCCUCUGAUCGCCUUCACUGGUACCAACCUCCUCAUUGAGGGUGCUUCCGGUCACUCCAUCGACUGCCAGGGUCAGCGAUGGUGGGACACCAAGGGAAGCAACGGCGGCAAGACCAAGCCCAAGUUCUUCAGCGCUCACUCGCUCAAGAACUCCAACAUCAAGAACCUCAACGUCCUGAACACCCCCGUCCAGGCUUUCAGCAUCAACGGCGUCACCAACCUGGGAGUGUACGGUGUCACCAUGGAUAACUCUCUGGGAGACACCCAGGGUGGACACAACACCGAUGCUUUCGAUGUCGGCUCCUCCACCGGCGUCUACAUCUCCGGAGCUAUUGUUAAGAACCAGGACGACUGCCUCGCCAUCAACUCUGGAACUAACAUCACCUUCACCGGCGGAAACUGCAGCGGUGGCCACGGUCUGUCCAUCGGCUCUGUCGGUGGCCGAAGCGACAACGUCGUCAAGACUGUCCGAAUCCUGAACUCCAAGAUUUCCAACUCUGACAACGGUGUCCGCAUCAAGACUGUUUACGGCGCCACUGGCUCCGUUUCCGACAUCAAGUACGACACCAUCGCCCUUACCAACAUUGCCAAGUACGGUAUCGUCAUCGAGCAGGACUACCAGAACGGCUCGCCCACUGGUAAGCCCACCGCUGGUGUCCCCAUCACCGAUGUGACUAUCAACAAGGUCACUGGCACUGUCAAGUCCAGCGGCACUGACGUCUACAUCCUUUGCGCUUCUUGCAAGAACUGGACCUGGACUGGAAACAAGGUCACUGGUGGAAAGACCUCCAGCAGCUGCAAGGGUGUCCCCAGCGGCGCUUCUUGCUAA